UGUCGGCUUGCACAUUAUUGUGCAUUGAAAAUUGAUGUUACACUUUUCUCAAGGGGCGUGAGGCCGAUUGCAAUUGCGCCCUCCAUUGUCAAAGUCAGUGGUUGCCGUAGAAGCUGAAAAUGGCGUCCUCCAGGAAAUCAGUUUCUUCCGUAGAGAGCUGGUUGCAAGAAUUAAAAUCAGCGAAGAAAACCGCCCUAGUCCAAGAUGCUUGCAAGAAAGUUCACUUUGUUUUCACAAAUGGAGUGGAGAUGGUGGAAGAAUAUGAUCUCAAGUCAAAUCACCUGCUGGUGAGAAAAUGGAGAACCAAGACAACGCUGGGAGCGGCUGGCAAGUGGGAGUUUGAGAUUGGCGAGCAGCUCCGCCCCGUCCCGAGUCUGGAGGCAGAACACUUGCGGGAGAGUAACUUAAAUCCCAUCUUUAUGCGGAAGGAUAACAAGCAAAACUUCCAGUGGAGAAUCCGGAACCUGCCGUACCCAAUUGAUGUGUACAGUGUCACCGUAGACAGUGAAAAUAGAAGCUGUAUUGUUCGAACCUCAAACAAAAAGUACUACAAGAAGUUUUCCAUACCAGACAUGGACAGGGCUGGCCUUAUGUUGGACCAGUCAGCGCUCACCCUUGCGCACGCUAACAACACAUUGAUAAUUACGUACAAGAAGCCCCAAGAAAUCUUGAAGAUGGAAAGGCUAGUCCAGCAGGAGAUACAGAAGAUCAAGGCUUCCAAGGAUGGAGAUGUGGAAUGCAAUCCAAGCUGAAGGGUGACGGUCCCCUGGGUAGAAAAAAAGGGGAAAUCCCUGGG